AUGGGGCUCACCACGACAGUCAAGUUCCUCCUAGGACUCCCUCCUCCACCGACUAGAGGCGCGAGGCAUCAUGGCAAAGCAAGAAAGGCUGAGCCGACGACCACACCACACCGCGACGCGGUUUGGGACGUGUGUCAAACGUGCGACGAAGAGUUUGCCACGCAAUGGGCCGCUCAUAAGCACAUGGACGACAAGGCCCACUGGCGGAAAACAUUCGAGUGUGAAGCCUGCAAUGAAAACUUUGCCACCAGACAGGCGGCUCAUGAACACAAGGACGACCAGGAACACUGGACGUUCAAGUGCGACACCUGCGACAAGCGGUUUGCGUCUCGAGAGAUGGUGAAUAAGCACAUGGAUGCCAAAAACCAUUGGAAGAAACGGUUCCAGUGCGAAACUUGCGACAAAAGGUUUGCUCUUCAGCAAGCGGCUCAGAAGCACAUGCGUGCUAAUAACCACUGGGCUGAGCCGUUUGGGUGCGACACUUGCAAUCGCGAGUUUGGUACGGGACAGGAGGCUGCAAAACAUAUGAAUGCUACUGGCCACUGGUCUUCAACGACGAACGACAGCCAUCAAGAUGAUAGGUUAGGCUCUCGGCAGGACGCAAAGCUACUUACAUACCCAGAUGCAAACGAAAGCCAUACUAUAGCGUUUGGGUGCGACACCUGUACCCUUGUGUUUAGCAACGAGCAGGAGGUCAGAAAGCACAUGGAUGACGAUGGCCACUGGGCAGAGGUAUUUGGGUGUGACACCUGUAAUCACGAAUUUGGCUCUGAACAGGAAGCUUGCCAACAUAUGGAUAUCGCAGGCCACUGGGCUAGAACGACGAAGCACGAAGCCUAUGACGAUAAUCAGUUGGACUGUCAGCAGGGAGCCCUGCAGCGUAUGAAUAUCGAGGAUCCUGAGCCUCCGUCCAAGUGCGAGACCUGUCGCAAGACAUUUGCCUCGGAAAACUCCUCGCGGACCAUGCGGAGAGCGCGCGUCACUGGCAGCCCGCGUUCAGUUGGCCACUUGAGGAAGCUCGCAGGCCAGAGUUCCGCCUAUAAACACUUUAAAGACUUCUUUGUUGACUCGUGGCGUCACCCGGGUGAGGACAUGUGGGAAGGCGGAAUGCUCGGUUUGCCGUAUCCUAAACUCAUCGUUCAAGAUGGAGUGUGUUGCUGA